CUUUUUGAUGUCUGAGAACCUGGAGCAUCCUUUGGUCUCUAUUUGGGAGGAAGAGCCGACACCAGAGGGCCAUGCUCAGCAAGAUGGACUGCAGAACCCCAAACCCAGCACGGUGACUCCUGCUCAGGAAAAUAAAAGCAUUGAACGCCGUCCACCUCCCCAUGUGUUCAUGGAUGACAUAGAGAUAGAAAUGGAGGUGAUUCCUCCCCCCAGAAAGUCUGAGGCUAAGCGUGUGGAGGUCGUGACCACGACAUUUCACACAGCCUCUUUAAACAAAGCAAGCCGAAUGAAAUGGAAGAGACUGACUCCAGAGCAGACUGGGUUGGUGGUCAAAGAUGUGAUCUGUUUACGGAGAGGCCACUACAGUGAAGAAAUCAUGAGAAACACUGCACCACAAGGCAAAGAGCAAGCAGCAAUUUCAGCCAUGGGAAUGACUGCCAGGAUCACCAUUGACCGUGAAUGGUCAGCCAAACAGAUGGAGAGUCGGUUGGUGCUGCUUUUCCGAGGGCGAGUUGCAAUACAGGCUGGACAAAGAUUUUCUUUUACAUAUUUACAGUGCAUACAGGGGGUUCCGUUUGUCCCAGUCACCCCUUCAGAAGGCUGGACUGGAGCACAGGUCCUCAAAAUCACGGGGCAAGGUGCUCUGUAUAUUGUCAGCCACCAUGACAACCUGCAGGCAUCAAGUGAUACAGUUGUGGUUGACGGGAGACAAUUAUGUCUGGAGGAAGUUGGAGAGAGCUGCCCAGAUGGAGAUAAUCUGCAGAAAAGAUGGAGCCAGCCACACACUCAGGAGAGCAUAGACGGCGCUCCUGCUUCUGGAUUCAUGGAUAUUACUUAUGGACCUGCAUCAUCAUAAUUCGUGGAGCAAUUAUUGUUCACCUAUUCUUGAAGAAAUAAUCAUGUCCUCAAGGGUUUGUCAUGUCCUUAUGAGGCAUGAUGAAGCUCUCUGAUUGUUUGUGUUUUCUGUAUUGGAAAUGUAAUUUAUAUGAAUGGAUGCUGUCUAGUCUCUGCUAUUUACGCAGUGAGUACUUAUGGUGCCUUUUGUCAGUGUCGCGAAAUACUAGCUCAUUCAAUACUGCUGACAGAAAAAAACAACUUUUGCAUCUAUUUCCAUGUAAUGAUGCCUACCUUACCCACAUAUGUUUGUCGACAAGCGUAGAUCAGGGUGAUUUAUUACAAUCAGAGAAAUUGUGUAUGGGGGGAUUUUUACUGGAAUUUUUAGUUGUAGUGUGACGAACCAAUGUUUAGAUUUUAAGUAUCAUUGAAGUGUUUUGAAUUGUUCUUAUCCAUUCUGAGAGAAGUGUAAAAUUAAACUUUUGAGUUGA